CUGCAAUCGUCAUAAUAUAUUUACCUUUCUGAUCUGAUCACCGGUUUGAAAAUUUCGGAUAUCAACAAAUAACAUUUUAUAAGCUAUAUUAUUCUCUGUAAUUUAUUUAAGUAUGGCAAAAAUGACUGUUGGGCAUAAAGAAAGAGAAACACUUUAUAGACUGAUUAUUAGCCAACUUUUUUAUGAUGGACAUCAAACAUUUGCUGUGACAUUGACUAAUUCCCUGAAAACCAACCCACCCUGUCCACCCUCAGAUAGGCUCAUGCAUCUAGUAACUCUUGGUCUUCGAGCAGAGAUGGACAAUAAGGAACACAAUGCAAUGAGAGUUGAUGCUCCUAAUGUAGGACUUGGAAUUGAUUUGGAGUAUGAAACUGAUGCUCCAUCUUUAGCACCGGAGCCUGCAUUAUAUGAAACUUGCUAUGUUACUUCUCAUAAAGCUCAAUGCCGUGCAGGUGCCUUUAGCAGUGAUGGGCAGUUGGUGGCUACUGGAUCUUUUGACGCCUCAAUAAAAAUUUUAGAUGUAGACAGAAUGCUAGCUAAAAGUGCUACUCCUGCCGAAGUUGCUGCCCAAGAAACAACUCAGCAGAACAUGGAAACUCAUCCUGUUAUUCGUACUUUGUAUGAUCAUAUUGAGGAAGUUACUUGUUUAGAAUUUCACCCAACUGAACAAAUCCUUGUAUCAGGAAGCCGUGAUUACACAGUGAAGUUUUUUGAUUUUUCUAAGCCAUCGGUGAAGCGAGCUUUUAGGACUAUUCAUGAAGCUGAAGUUGUAAGAUGUUUAUCUUUGCAUCCAUCUGGCGAUUAUAUUUUAGUUGGAACUCAACACCCUGUCUUACGUUUGUAUGAUGUACGAACCAGCCAAUGCUUUGUUAGUGAUUGUGCUGAGAUGCAGCAUAAAGCCCCUAUUAAUAUGGUCAAAUAUAGCCCCAAUGCAAAUAUGUAUGCCACCUGCUCUAAAGAUGGUGACAUAAAACUGUGGGAUGGAGUGAGCAGCAGAUGUAUAAAUACUUUUGCUGGUGCACAUGAUGGGAGUGAAGUUUGUUCUGUGCAGUUCUCUCGAAAUUCGAAGUACCUAUUAAGUAGUGGAAAAGAUUCAUUGGUAAAACUAUGGGAACUGUCCAUGGCUCGUUGUCUCAUAGCCUAUACCGGAGCUGGAGCUACUGGAAAACAAACUCAUCGUAGUCAAGCAGUAUUUAACCAUACAGAAGACUUUGUUCUUUUUCCUGAUGAAAAAACAACUAGUCUAUGCAGUUGGGAUGCGCGAAACGCCGAACGGCAACGUCUAUUAUCUCUCGGUCAUAACAAUACCGUUCGGUAUAUUGUGCAUUCCCCAGCCAGCCCUGCUUUUGUGACUUGUAGCGAUGACUUCCGUGCUCGGUUUUGGUACAGGCGAACAGAGUCUGGCGACUAAUUCAUAUUCUAACUUUGUAAAAGGCUCAUUCAUUCAUUUCAUUAUGUAAAAAAUUUAUGUUUAUUGUAAAAUUCUUCAACUUCUGUUCUCAAAUCACCAUUUAUUCUGUGAAUACUUUCAAUAAAAGAAUUUAUUGUAAAAAAAAA